UCAAUAGCUUUGCGUUCCUCAAUGAACAUGCAAUUUGAAGAUGGUAUAUUCAUCAAAGAUUACAUCAGGAUUAUGGCGUAUAUGAUCGUGCUGUGUUUCACACUGGCGAUUUCAUUAUCGUUUUGGGUCCUGUCCAUAACUGCCAGCACAUAUUAUGGUACUCUGCAGCCAGUAUCUCCAUGGCGGUGGCUGCUUUCAGUGCUUAUCCCUCUUUUCAUCACAUUUCGAGCCUUUAAACGUAGGAAUCUUGAUCAUGGUGGUGCCAUAGGAGCGAUGCUGGUUGGCUUUGUUCUUACCAUGGCCAACAUGAGCUUUUUUGGAGCUUUGUUCACCUUUUUUGUCACAUCCAGCAAACUAACCAAAUGGAAGGGAGACAUCAAAAAACAAAUUGACUCAGAUUAUAAAGAAGGAGGCCAGAGGAACUGGUUGCAAGUUUUCUGUAAUGGUGGAGUUCCUACUGAAUUGGCCCUGCUCUAUAUGAUUGAAGCUGGUCCUGGAGAAAUACCUGUGGAUUUUGGGAAGCAAUAUUCUGCUUCAUGGAUGUGCUUAUCACUCUUAGGAGCCCUGGCUUGCAGCACAGGGGACACCUGGGCUUCUGAGGUUGGUCCUGUGCUUAGUAGAAGAAAGCCCAGGCUCAUCACCACCUGGAAAGUUGUCCCAGCAGGUACCAAUGGCGGAGUCACUCCUGUUGGAUUAGUGGCCAGUGUUUUGGGUGGAGGCACAGUGGGUACAGCGUACUACUUCAUGCAGCUCCUGUUGGUAAAAGAUUUGCAUUUCGCAGUUCCUCAGUGGCCUAUCAUCUUGUAUGGAGCAAUAGCUGGUCUGUUUGGAUCUCUGCUGGACUCAUUCCUUGGUGCAACCAUGCAGUAUUCAGGAUACGAUGAAUCCAUCGGGAAGGUUGUGAGUUAUGAGUCACCAAGUGUUAAAAGAAUAAGUGGGAAACCCAUCCUGGAUAACAAUGGAGUGAAUCUGUUCUCUUCUGUCCUCAUAGCACUGCUCCUGCCUGGGUUUGCAUGGAUAUUCUGGCCUAGGCACUGAAUCAUGUGACUCUUAUUGUGUAUCAUGUCCCCUUUUUUAGAAUUUAAUCAAGCAUAUUGUAAACUCCCAAUGUCUUUGUUUCUGCACAUUAUAAUGAGAUUUGAAAUGACUUUAAAGGUGAAAUGUGUAAUGUUAAAAUACUUAAUAUAUGAGAACAAAUAGUGAAAUAAAAUCCCUUACAUUCCUAACCUUCAAAUGAACCCGCAAGUUUAGUUAUAUUAAUCUUGAAAGUCUGUCAGUGGCACAUACUGACUCUCCAAGUAUUCCAUUAUGUGUGCUGACUUUGUAAAGACUUGUGAAGGCAAAUAGGCCGAUAUGUUUAAGUAUUACAGCACAGUACACAGAGCUCAGAAUACUGUAAAAAUUGUCAAGUUACAGACUACUAGAGUCAGGAAUAUUUUCUAAGCCACUACAGUUCAAAUCACUUCAUUACAUGCAUGCUAUGAAAUUUGUGUAGUCCCUUUCUUACAUUACUUAAGACAUUUUGAGUAAAUAAAUGUUCUGUUUUCACACCAAAUGUAUGUCAAUGUGUUUGUGUCUGUGCCACUUAUUAAGUGUUAUGUCCACUUUACAGAUGUAGGUUCUGGUGUUCUGUGUGUGUCCGAGAUCAACACAUUGAAGUAUUCCAUUGGAAUGUAUGUGUAUUUUGGGAAAUAAUGUAGCCUUACACAGAAAGCAUGACAGGUUCUUCAGCCAUUCAGUUGUCAAUUUCUGUUUAUUGUCUUUAAUUUAAAAUGUUAAUUAUAAUUAUGAGCCAUUUGGUGA